UCUCUAUGGUGCUGCAACGAGUCGCAGUGUUGAUGACGUAUCCUGAGCGCGCCUUGCCUUCCGGGCGGCGGCGCUUCCCCCUCCCCAUCCUCGCCUUCCGUGGUUGCCGGGCGACAGAUGAGGCCAAGCGUUGCUAUGGAGCCUGAUCCUAAGGGGAGCUACGUGCUGAGUAACCUCGCUGAGGUGGUGGAGCGGAUCCUGGCCUUCCUGCCGACGAAGGCGCUCCUGAGGGCGGCUUGCGUGUGCCGGUUAUGGCGAGAAUGUUCCCGCCGCAUCCUGAGAACCCAGCAGAGCGUUGCCUGGGUCUCCACAGUGGAACCGGGGCCAUCAAAUAGCCACGCCCUGGUCCAGGUGUUGGCAGAAGAGCUUGAGAAGGUUCAAGUGCUCCCUCAGACGGUGCUGUAUAUAGCAGAUGCAGAGACUUUCAGUGGACAUGAAGAGAGCCAUGGCCAUGGGCAAAAGAAAGCACGAAGAAGAAAUAGUAAAGAAAUAGCCGCUGCACUAGAAAAGCUAUUGCCGAAACGAUGCCAGGUCCUUGGUCUAGUGACACCUGGAGUUGUAGUCACCCCAAUAGGCCCCCGCAGCAGUCGACCCCUGGAAGUCGAAGACGGUGAAGCUGGCUUUGCGUUGUUGUUUCCCAAGAUGGAUGGGGUAAAGAUUCGGACCUUCCACUUUUUUAAAGACUUGAAGACCAGGGCCCUCGAUGAAAGCCAGUUUGCUGAAGCAGGCCUGAAGAAUAACCCCGACCUUAGAGUGGUUCUUCUGUUUGGGUACAACACCUGGAAGUCUGGAGGAACGCGGUUUCUACACCAAAUUGUCAAUCGCUUGAAUGAAAAGAGCAUUGUCCUGGCUGGGGGACACGUGGAGAGUUUUACAUCUCUAACAUCUGAGAAUAACACUCAGGCUGCUGAGUCCUGUGGUGUUGUGGGCUUGGCUUUUAGUGGACCCCAGAUCCAGAGUGCCACCAUUCUGUUAGAUCAAGAUGUAAUUGAUGAGAGGACAGCAGAAGCUGCAAUGCAGCGCCUCAAGGCCGCAAACAUUCCUGAACACAAUAGCCUCGGCUUUAUGUUUGCUUGCGUUGGCAGGGGUUACCAACAUUACAAAACCAAACCAAAUCUUGAAGCUGAUGCUUUUAGGAAGUUCUUCCCUAAUGUUCCGCUGUUUGGCUUCUUUGGUCACGGGGAGAUAGGAUGUGAUCGUAUUGUGACUGGGAAUUUUAUCCUCCGAGAAUAUAACGACACAAAGGAUGAUCUGCUCCAUGGCUACACCACUGUAAUGACUCUCAUACAUCUGGGCUCAGCCAAAGGAAAUCAAAUGUAAACCUCUCUUUGUAAACGCGCCCCGAAUCACCAGGUUGCUUUCAUUCCAGAAAUGUAAAAACAAUCUGGGACACUGUUCACGUGUCUAACAGAAGUAGCUUCUGAUACAAAGGUGAUAAUUGUCCCAUUGGCUUUAGAAUUUCUAUCUGCAUAACAUUAAAAUAGGUGAGGAGGAUGGUACUUUUGUACCUUGUGAAAGUUUUUUUAAAAAACGGCAAAUGUGUCAGAUGCACAGUGGAUCUUGAUUUAAUUCCUAAAGAUGCAAAUGAUAAUGGUUGACAUUAAAUCCAAAUUUGAUCUCAUUCUUAUACUUGAAACUGCAAUAGUAGUAUUUCUGCAUGCUGUUUAUGGACUAUUUUGACACACUCGUCAACACGGGCACUGAAUAAGCUGUUAUAGAGCUCUGAAGCUGUUACUAUGUCUUAUCUCUUGGCAAGAUUUUCUUUUAAGAUGUAAAGCUUCGUGUCUGAAUUCAGUCUUUAAAACACUGGCUUGUUGAGGUAAGGCAGUGAAGCAUAUGUGCAGGGCUGACCAAAUUUAUAGCACGAAAUACCUUUCUGGGAUGCCUGUACCAUAUUGUAAGCUUCUGUGUCUAAGGAAGAAUAAGACCGUCUGGAGCCUUAGGGCUUCUUAGUAAAACACUGUGGGCUGGAAUCUGUCCUUUGCUAAAUUGGGGUGCUGGAUAUAUAGAAAUGAGAGUGGAUGUCUGAUGGCUUUUUAACUCUGUUGCAAUAAUGCUAUGAAUAUUGCUUGUGGUGUGUGUGUUUUUCUGUUCCUAAACAUGAUCACGCUGUGGCCGUGCUACAUCUGGCAGCGGCCAAGGAAAGCCCAGCCAAGGCAUUGGGGUUGGCAUCCGUUAUGGCCAUCGCUCAUCAUGCUCCGUGCAUCAUCCUGCACUUCCAUAUGAAGGAGAAUGUGGUACACCCCAGUCCUAAACACACUUUACUUGGGGGAAAAACAGGUCUUGCUGACUUGGGAGUGAACAUAAUUUCUCAUCCUUCAACAGCUCCUGCUUAAGGUCACCUGCAGACAAUAGUGUGCCUGGAGACAGCAAAGAGAAUAGUGAGCAUAACAGCUAGAGGGCAGAGAGAAUGCUGAGUGAAUGCAACUUAAUUGAUAAGACUUUCUCCCAAGGCAGGCAUCAGCAACAUU